GGUUCAUCUUUCCUUCCAUUCCAUCGCGCAGUCAAUUUACAGCUUCGUUUGUGUUACAAACGAUUCAUUUGGAAUUAAUUAAUUAUUAAAUUAAUUAUCAUAAUAAUUAAAAAAGUAAAAUGAGCAAAGUUCCAGCUGUGGGCAUUGAUUUAGGCACUACAUAUUCGUGUGUGGGUGUUUGGCAGCAUGGCAAAGUGGAAAUUAUUGCCAAUGAUCAGGGAAAUCGAACAACGCCAAGCUACGUUGCAUUCACUGACUCAGAAAGACUGAUUGGAGAUGCAGCUAAAAGUCAGGUCGCUAUGAAUCCGAAAAACACAGUUUUUGACGCUAAACGUUUAAUUGGACGUAAAUUUGAUGAUCCAAAAAUUCAAGCUGAUAUGAAACAUUGGUCUUUUCAAGUAGUAAAUGAAAAUAGUCUUCCGAAAAUUGCAGUUGAAUACAAAGGCGAAAGAAAAAUAUUUGCACCAGAAGAAAUCAGCUCCAUGGUGUUGACCAAAAUGAGAGAAAUUGCUGAAGUAUACUUAGGUGGAAAAGUAACCGAUGCAGUGGUUACCGUACCAGCCUACUUCAAUGACUCUCAAAGACAGGCAACUAAAGACGCUGGAGCUAUUGCUGGGCUAAAUGUAUUGCGUAUUAUCAAUGAACCUACAGCUGCCGCAUUGGCUUACGGCUUAGACAAAAACUUAAAGGGCGAAAAGAACGUGUUGAUAUUCGAUUUAGGUGGUGGUACUUUUGAUGUCUCAAUUUUGGCUAUUGAUGAGGGCUCUCUAUUCGAAGUAAAAUCUACAGCUGGUGACACCCAUUUGGGAGGAGAAGAUUUUGACAAUCGUUUAGUAACUCACUUCGUUGAAGAAUUUAAACGAAAGUGUAAAAAAGACAUAAGUGGAAACACCAGAGCACUGCGAAGACUUCGAACAGCUUGUGAAAGAGCAAAGCGGACGUUGUCAUCCAGUACGGAAGCUUCACUUGAAAUUGAUGCUCUUCACGAUGGUGUUGAUUUUUAUUCAAAAAUUACUCGUGCUAGAUUUGAAGAGAUGUGUAUGGACCUGUUCAGAUCAACUUUGUCACCUGUUGAAAAAGCUUUGGCUGACGCUAAAAUGGACAAAAGUAGCAUUCAUGAUGUUGUGUUAGUCGGCGGAUCUACUAGAAUUCCUAAGAUUCAAAAAAUGUUACAAGAUUUUUUCUGUGGUAAAUCAUUGAACUUGUCUAUUAACCCCGACGAAGCUGUUGCUUAUGGUGCGGCCGUUCAAGCAGCUAUAUUAAGUGGAGACACUAGCUCUGCAAUACAAGAUGUACUUCUAGUCGACGUAACACCUCUUUCUUUGGGUAUAGAAACAGCCGGAGGUGUUAUGACUAAAUUAGUCGAACGCAAUUCUCGCAUUCCGUGUAAACAACAGCAAACGUUCACGACAUAUUCAGAUAACCAAUCAGCCGUAACAAUUCAAGUGUUUGAAGGUGAACGUGCAAUGACCAAAGAUAAUAAUCUUCUUGGAACAUUCAAUUUAACUGGAAUCCCACCAGCUCCACGUGGAGUACCGAAAGUAGAAGUUACUUUCGAUCUUGAUGCUAAUGGUAUACUUAACGUGUCGGCAAAAGAAAACAGUACUGGUAAAUCCGAGCGGAUAACGAUUAAAAAUGAUAAAGGUCGACUAUCCAAAGAGGACAUUGAUAAAAUGUUAAAAGAAGCAGAAAUGUAUAGACAAGAAGACGAAAAACAAAAAGAACGUAUAACAGCUAGAAAUCAACUAGAAAGUUAUGCAUUUAGUGUAAAACAGGCGGUUGAGGAAGCUGGUUCUAAGUUGUCCGAAACAGACAAGAAAAGUGUAUUAGACAGAUGUAAAGCUGUUGUCACUUGGCUGGAGACUAACACUUUAGCAGACAAAGAAGAAUUUGAAGAUAAACUGAAAGACUUACAAAAAGAAUGUUCGCCAAUAAUGACUAAACUUCAUCAAGCUGGCGCUAAAGGACCAAACGUUGAAGAAGUAGAUUAAUGAAAACAUUUUUUUUUUUUUUUUACAAAGAAUUAUAUUGAGAUUAAAACUUAAAUCAAUCAAAAUAUUACCAAAAACCAUGACAGUUAACUAUUGUAAUUGAUUUAAAUUCAGAGCACUAAAUAAAAUAAUGUGUUUUUUGUUAA